AUGGCUGAAAUUAUUACUAAUUUAUUUGUUCGUCAAGCAAAUUUUCCUAGAGUAACUAGAGUAAGGCAAUAUUUUCCAAAAAUAUUUCGAAAAAGUCACGAAACUACUUGUAAAUCACUUUCAAAUGGAACUUCAAAAUUACAAACUUCACUUCAGCGAAUAACCACGACUCCUAAUAUGGAACCUAUACAAUUUACAUCAUUAUCUCAUAAUGUAAGAACUAUCUCACCUAAUUCAAUUAUUUCGCCUCCACCUCAGCUUUCUUUACAAUCCCCCAAGUCAUUCAAAUCAACGUUACAACAUAGUGCUUAUUCUUCACAACAUUUUUAUCAAAAUAGAAUUCUAGAUCAAUACGUAUUUCAGCCUGCUAAUCAAAUUACACUUCGACAAUUAAUUUUUUUCGGUCGCAAUUUAACUGAAGAAAGAAUUAUUAAGAGUGGAAAUUAUGUUAGAACCGAAUUAACGAUUCGAAUAGCUCAUAGAAUUAGAGAUUUUCAGAAUUUGCCUUUUGUUGUGGGAACGAAUCCACAUAUUGCGAAGGUAUACGAUUUAUAUUGGAUUGCAUUUGAAACAUUAAGAAAAUUUCCACCUAUCAAAACAAUGGAAGAUAAUGAUGAAUUUUGUAAAACAUUAAAAAGUCUAUUGAAAAAACACUUGGUGGUUAUACCACAAUUAGCCAUGGGAAUUAUUGAAUGUGGCGAGUAUAUGAGUGAAGAACAAGUUAAUCGCUUUAUGAAUGUUAUGUUGAGAACACGUAUUUCAAGAAGAGUUUUGGCUGAACAACAAAUCACUUUAACAGAAAAUUGGAAUGAUCCUAAUUAUUGUUACGGUUCAGAUGGUUAUAUUGGUGUGGUAUCAACUCAAUGUAAUGCUAAAGAAAUUAUUGAUAAAUGUGCAAAAAUGACAAGUAAUUUAUGUAGGACUACUUAUAAUGUUGAACCACCAAAUGUUAUUAUAGAUGGAGUUGAUACAACUUUUUCUUAUAUACCUGAUCACAUAGAAUAUAUUAUUUAUGAAUUAUUGAAAAAUUCUAUAAGAGAAUCACCAAAUUCCUCCCAAAAAUUUGUAACAUCUGAAACAUCCCAAACAUCAAUUACACCAGAAUCAUCAGAAUCAUCUAAAAUAUCUAAAACAUCAGAGAUACGAAAACCUAAAAAACCAUUUCCACCUAUUAUAGUAACAAUUUGUCCAGGACCAAUUGAUAUUUAUUUUCGUAUUUCAGAUCAAGGUGGAGGUAUUCCUGAUAAAAUUUAUCCCCAUAUUUGGUCAUUUUUACAUAAAAAUAGUGAUAAAAAAAUUGAUCACAUAUUUACGAAUUUUUCAAAAGUCCCACAAAUGGCUGCAACUGUGCAAGAAUAUGAGCAAUUUAUUAUACCUCCAAAUUUAAAUUUAGGUAUUGGAUUACCUAUGAGUAAAGUGUACGCCGAAUAUUUGGGAGGUGACUUGACCAUUUUUAGUAUGGAUGGUUACGGCACUGAUUCUUAUUUAAAAAUUACUAAGUUAGGGAAUAUAAAAGAAAAUUUGGUAUAA